AUGGGGGUCGGCGGGUGCUUAGUCGUGCCCUGGAGGUGCCUCGUCGUCCUCUGUCUCAGGCUGCUCUUCCUUGUGCCCGCAGGAGUGCCCGUGCGCAGCGGAGAUGCCACCUUCCCCAAAGCUAUGGACAACGUGACCGUCAGACAAGGGGAGAGUGCCACCCUCAGGUGUACCGUGGAUGAGAGGGUCACGCGAGUAGCUUGGUUGAACCGUAGCACCAUCCUGUAUGCUGGAAAUGACAAGUGGUCUAUAGACAACCGCGUGGUCAUCCUAUCGAACACGAACACCCAGUACAGCAUCGAGAUCCAUAACGUGGACGUAUACGACGAGGGGCCCUACACCUGCUCCGUGCAGACAGACAAUCACCCGAAGACCUCGCGGGUGCAUUUGAUCGUGCAAGUUCCUCCCCAGAUUAUAAACAUCUCCUCAGACAUCACGGUGAACGAAGGUAGCAGCGUAACUCUCAUGUGCCUGGCCUUUGGGAGACCAGAGCCUACGGUGACAUGGAGGCACCUGUCUGGAAAAGAAGGCCGGGGCUUUGUGAGCGAAGACGAGUACUUGGAGAUCUCUGGGAUCACCCGGGAUCAGUCCGGGGAGUACGAGUGCAGCGCUGUCAAUGACGUGGCGGCUCCAGACAUCCGGAGAGUAAAAGUCACCGUAAACUACCCACCGUACAUCUCCAACGCCAAGAACACCGGCGCCUCGGUGGGCCAGAAGGGAAUCUUGCGCUGCGAGGCCUCUGCCGUCCCUGUCGCAGAAUUUCAGUGGUUUAAAGAAGAAACCAGAUUAGCCAAUGGGCCGGAUGGCAUGAGAAUUGAGAACAAAGGUCGAAUGUCCACGCUGACCUUCUUCAAUGUCUCGGAGAAGGAUUACGGCAACUACACCUGCGUGGCCACUAACAAGCUGGGGAACACCAAUGCCAGUAUAAUCCUGUACGAAAUAAAUGAACCCACAGCACUGGCAGGCCCCGGAGCAGUACAUGACGGCAGCAACGCGGCUUCCAGAGCAAUGGCCUGCCUCUGGCUAUCGGGCACCCUCCUCGCUCACUUUCUCAUCAAGUUUUGA